CUGGAGGGGUAGUGGGAAUUGCCUCAUUUAGGGGUACCCCUGUGAGGCCGGAGGCCGGUAGGUGUUGUGUAUGUGUGUUAGCGGCCGGUGAGAACCGAGCUGGAGCCUGGUGUCGAAGAUCAGAAAAAGAAUACCGGUACCAUGGACACACCGCCUCAUCCCGUCAAACUUUAUGUUUACGACCUUUCCCGCGGGCUGGCUCGACAGUUUAGCCCCAUCAUGCUCGGAAAACAACUUGAUGGGAUAUGGCACACUGCAAUAGUUGUCAAUGGAGAAGAGUUCUUCUAUGGGUCAGGUGGAAUUGCUAACUGCCAGCCAGGAGGGACUUUACUUGGGCCACCUGAUACUGUCAUUGAUCUGGGGACCACUGAAGUGACUGAGGAGUUAAUCAUGGAAUAUUUAUCCUCUCUGGGAGAGUCAGCAUUCAGGGGAGAGUGCUACAAACUGUUUGAACAUAAUUGCAAUACGUUCAGUAAUGAAGUUUCCCAAUUCCUCACUGGGAAGAAGAUUCCAUCGUAUAUCACUGACCUGCCUUCUGAGGUCUUAUCAACCCCUUUCGGCCAACUCAUUAAGCCCAUCCUGGACUCGGUUCAGAUUCAGCCGGUGGGAGGAAGCAGCAUCAAUGAUCGGAAUCCAAGCUAGUAGAAGCAGUCCAGAGAGCGGAGACUGUGGAGCCAUGUACAGUCACUGCAUAUCACUGAACUAUACAAUGAUUUUUCCAAAAGAAGAUUUCCUUUCAAGCAUCUUUCAUCUCGUAUCUAACUUAAAGUGGAACAUUGAAAAGUGAUAGAAAAGCAUUUUUUUAAUCCAUUGAAACACAUCUAAUACAAAAGUACUGAAUUCUACAGUGCAAUAGAUCAGGUUGUUGUCAGUUCCCUUUUGUCAGCUCUCUUUGAAUAAGCUAUAGCAAGCAGCAGUUGUCAUGAGAGAUUGAUUCCUUGCUUCUUUCACAAUGUAUUUAGCCAGCAAACACCCCUCCCACCUCCACCCUGAACUCUUCUGAAAGAGGCCACCAGCAUGGAAACCUUACCAGUGUUUUCCUCAUUGUUAUGCCAACAUAUUGACCAAUUCAAGGGGGAGUGCUUCCAGUGUUGUCAGAGUUUGAUUAGGAUAGUUGUGUUGUAUGUGGGAGGGAAAGUAUACUUCAGUCACCGUACUUUUCAUAUCAUGCUGUAAUCUGACUUGUGCACUUCAGAUUGCUGCCUAUCCUUGCCUAACUUCAGAAUCCACCCACAUUCAGGAGGAGAGAAUUUGUAACUUAUCACAGUCCAGCUCAAUCCAUUGGGAGGAUUUUCCCUUACUCAGCCUCCCACUAUGCUUUUGGAAGUCUCCAGCUUCCAUGUGCCUGUUUCUCCUGGUACUUGGCAGUUAGCUGUUGCUUUAAGUGUCGAUGAACUUUCUUGGUGCUGCACUCUUAGUAGCACGUUUCCCCAGAAGGAGUGUAUCUAUCAGCACUUAGCUGCACUUGAAAGAAAUGUUGGGUUUAUUUUCUUUCACCUGUUCAAAUUGGACCCUUCUCUGUGUAGAUAAAACUUGUGCUGAAAUCAUGUGUUCCAAUUUCAGAUUACUUCAGUCUUAAAGCAUUCACUUUGUUUAUGCCAACAAAUAGUUGCUCUGUCGUCCUCCUUGUCCAGAAUGUGAUACUGGGCAAUGCCUUCAUAGGGACAUAGGGAUCUGUCCUUGUCAGCUGGCCACAUGGGGAGUGGUGAGUGCAGGCAGCUUCUUGGACUUCAGAGCCCUCGCUUGCAGCCAUGAACUAGUUCUUGCCAUUAAUCCCUACGUAUCUAUUUUGCCACACAGAUACAGGCCAGCAUUCAGGUACAUGAUUCCUGGGUGCUGUGCGUACUCUGUUUUUUCCUAUUCCAUGAGGUUGUACCUCUGCAUUCUUCACACCCAUCCCAUGUGUGACCAAGUAAUUCACAACAUGGGGAAUAUACCUGCUCUUUUCUAUACUGCUUAGCAAAGGCCAUCCCUGCCUUAAGAGCCGGAGUCUGCCCCAAUGCCACUGAACAGAACAGCAAACUCCAAGGGUUCAAACUUCUCCAGCCCAUCGUGUAAUCCCAAUGGUAUGGGUUGUAACAGCACACAAACUCAUCUGCUGCAGUGUUGUCCAAUAUGUUGAUCAAAAGACUUCACAUUAUUGGGUGUGACCUUUAAUCGUUAAAUUUCCAUGGUAAGUGCAUGUGAACUUUAACCUUUUUACCCAAUUAAUUCUCAUGUAGUGUGAAUGCUUUUCUUGGAUUGUGCUUUACUUCCCUAGUUACUGAAUGGUGGCAGACAUUUGUUAAGCAAACCUCUUGUCUGAGGUGCAUUUCCUUUUUAUUUGAGUGUAUAUAAGGUGUCUUGUUUGACUAAAGUUAGAAUGUGGCCAAAAUGGUGUUGCUGUUGCCACAUCCUGUGUAACUAGGCAGCAGUUUCUCUUGGAUAACCCUGGUUCAGACAGUGAAAGAUGCUGAGUUUUGUCUCGCUCACUCAUGCUCUCAAUAUACCUGUUUAUUGUAACUCACUGAUGUCUCAGUGACGUAGGCCGGUAAGGCACUGAACAUGAGGUCCUGUAGUUUGACGUCUGCUCAUCUCUUCCAUAUCUUAGGGAUACUAAUUCAGUUUCCUAUAUUAACAAGUCAGCUACCCAAGAUUCUCCACAGUGCGGGGCAGAGUUUCAAAACUUAUCAUUGCUGUGAUAUGAGAAGCUUUCCUGUGUUAGUGUUAUUUUGUGGCAAUUGGAGUGUGAGUUUUGAAUCCUUACCCUGCCCAGUUGGGUAACUUCACCCAGUUGGAUGCCUUUCCAAUGUAAAAUCAAGUGCAGAAUACCAGGCCCAUCUGUUGCUCAAACUUCAGUCCUCCAGCAGAACAUCCUCAUUUUGGCUGAAGCCCUGAAAUCUCAGAAUGCAGCUUGGGUUUAAUAUAGUCUAAUUGUACUUGUUAAUAUUGUUUGGUAGUAAAGUUCUAUAAUUUUGUCUAUAUUGAGCUGUUGGAUUGGGAAUUUGAACUGAGUUUAAUAUUGGAGACUUUCCUGCUUGAGAAUUUUCUCCCUGUAACCCUGCUGUUGUGAGGUCAGGGGCUGAUCUUCUCCCAAGUUGUCAGCAGGUGGCUUGGAAUAUGCAAACAAAAAUAACUGAGCACAGUGUCAAGUCUCUUGGUGACUUUUUCAUAGCAACUGCAAUCUUCAGAGCAAACGAAACUGUCCCGUUUUAAUUUCAUGCCUCUGCAGGUUUGGCUGCUCAGAAUGAGAAUGAGCUAACUUGCACAGUGAUUCCUUUGGCAUUGCUCAACGUCAUGCAGUUCUACUGUUUUGAGUAACAUUACGUGGCAGGGUGGGAGACCCCAGAGGUCUUUUUUAAGUUUUUCUUCUGUGGGAUAAGUGUGUCAUGGGAAAGAACAACAUUUUUAGUCCUUUUUAUUGCCCCCAAAGAUGGUGAGAACUGCCAUCCUGUACUGUUGUAGUCCAUUGGUAUCUGUCGCAGUUGGUUACAAUUGAGUGGCUUGCUAGUCCAUUUCAGAGGGCAUAGAAGAGUUACCCAAAAUUACUGUUGGUCGAGGGUCACGUGCAAGUCAGGUCAAGUAAGGAUAGCAGAUCUCCUUGCACCUUGUGCACCAGAUGAAUUUUACAGUUGUUGACGGUCUCCAUAAUGUAGUCACGAAGCUAUAUUUCAAUUACAGUUUUAUUAAUUGGAUUCAAAUUUCACCAGCCUCUUUGGGAUUUAAAUGAUUGUCCUAAGAACAUUAGCCUGAUCCUCUGAAUUACUUAUCUAGUGAAUUUACCUUCGAGUCAUACAACAUGGAAAUAGAUCCUUCGGUACAAUUAGUCCAUGCUCAUCAUGUUCCCAAACUAAUCUAUCUUGAAUUGUAACACCCUGGCUAAUGAUGUGUAUAUUGCUGAAUUUCUUGAUCAUUUAUUGCAGUGUUUUAUUUGUUAGAUGUUGGGUUUAUUAAUCCCUUUCUCUCCAGGUGUUGGUGUCACGAAGGACACGGUUUGCCCAUGCAAGAGCUUCUCCCUGCAACUCCUCCCAAUGCACCUUCCCUCAAAGUUGUCACCAUUUGCAAAGCAGGUGCAUUGGCCCCAUGAGGUUUUGCAGUUGAAGCCUCUGAAUCCACUGGUUUUCUUAAAUGGUUACUUGAAAUCUGCCAGAUAUCCAGCCAAGGGUUGAGUUUUACUGUCAACAACUUCCUCGGUUGUUGCUGCGCUGCCUUGACACUCUUACUGUGGAGCAGUGGGUGGUUUGAUGGUCAUAACCACCUUUUACACCAGUCAUUGAACUUCUGGCCCAAGGCCUGUAUCCAGCUGAAUGCCAAACGAAAAUUUGGAGCCUGUGCUCUGGACCCCACUCAUUAGAACUGUCCAGAACAGGAUUUGAACCCUAAAUCUUCUGACUGUGCUGUGGGUGGUUUUAUUGUUAACAUUUGCUUUAGGUCUGCCAGAGCAAUUGAGGAGGCAGCCCCAGUUUUGAGCCCCUAACCUGUUGAGUUUGUUUUUAAUGUGCCCACAGCUGGGUUGCUGCAGUUGUUCUCCCAGCUGCUUAUGAAUUUUUGCAGUAUUUAUGUUUCGGGCAUUAAUCAGAUCAGGCUAGGCUGCAUUGCUGCCUUCCCUCUCCAGCUUGAUAGUUUUGUCAGCAGUGUCUGGUGUCAUAAGUCUUGGCCAUCCUGAGUGAUAUGCAGAUGGUGGUGACUGUCAGGAGCGUUCUGUUACAGCGAGAGUUGGGACCUUGAGGCAAGAACUGAAAAUUAGCCAAGUGCAUUUGGCCCCUGAAGAACAAAAGCUGCUUCAGCAGUUUAUGGUGUAUGUGGAGGGGUGGGGGCGUGAUGGGGAAGAAAUCAGAAAUGACCUUGGUUUCCUAAUUAUAAAACUGUGCUGCUGUUCUUCAGUUUGUACUUUAGUUUGCUGCAGAUCCUGCUCAGAAAUGACUUGUCUUCCAGCAGAAGCAUUGGCAAAAAAGCCUCCUGAAUAUCAUCAGGACACAGUCUCCUCCUGUUCAUUGAAAGUUAUCUUGCUUUUUUUAAAAAAAAUGUUGGUUAUUCAAAUGAUCAGAUGCUGUGUUAAUAACAGAAGAGUGUAAAUUCAACACUUAAACAAUUUAUGAUCAGAUCAUUCAAAUUAACCAACUUUGAAUGAACGGCAGAUUAGAACAUUACAGCACAGUACAGGCCCUUCGGCCCUCAAUGUUGUGACCUGUGAAACCAAUCUGAAGCCCAUCUAACCUACACUAUUCCAUUAUAAUCCGUAUGUUUAUGUUUAUCCAGUGACCAUUUAAAUGCCCUUAAAGUUGGCAAGUUGACUAAGACCAGAUAUCACCCUAUAUUGACACAGGUUUUAUGUAUUGAAUGUAUUGCUAUUUAUCUCAUCUGUUUACAAUAUUUAGAUAUUGAUGGUUUUCAAUGGAUAGAUAAAUCAGGGAAUUGUAUUUUAUCAACCUCUUCAAUAAUGGUUUAUAAUUUGAGGCAAAGAAGCAUUAACUGGUAUAGGAGCCAAGUGCACAUCGAAAUCUCAAUGCUCAUUUGAGCAUCUGCCUCAUCACACUUGGAUUAAUGUUAAAAUAUGUCUUGUGUUUGUGCUUUUUACUGUGAAAGUGUGUAAAUUUUUAUGUCCAUUUAAUAUGAAUGUUUUACUUUGAAGAACUUUGCUCUUAUUUAACUGAUGAUUCAUGAGGGUCCAGUUGCUCCAGCUUAUUGCAAGGCUGUUUUGCUCCUAUGUCUUUGCUGCUGUUAAUUAUAUUGAUGUUCAGCCAGGCCUCUGGUGUAGCACCUCCGCUUGAUCUUUUCACCUUUAGUAAUGGGCAUGUUGGUAAAUCGCAUGGCUCCUUGUCACUGAUUUCUUGCUGUGGUGGUUUAAUCAUUAACUUUAAGAGGAGUAAUCUUCCCAUUGCCAUUAUAUUGUAUGGAAUGAUUGAAGGUUUGAAGUAUUGCCUGUCUUGUCCUGAUUCAGGGGUACCUUCUCUCAGCUGGUUAUGAAGUGGCAUGAGCUGGCACUUCACCCAUGCUUAUUUUAGGAAGAUGAAAGUGAUGGUUAUAGCCAUGGACUUGAAAACUUGGUAUCUGGGUUGGCCAAUGGGAAAUGUACCCUAAACAAAUGACUGGUGCAUAUAAUAAAAUGGAAUGGCCAUCUGCAGCCUUCCUUCAAGUUGCCAUCUACAGCUUGUUUCUGCUUUUGCACCUACAUUGAUAGCUUUUUGGACUAUUGCCACAACCCCUUGCCCUCUUCUUGUGCACUAAGUGGAAGUGUGUUGAGUUGGUGAGUAACAAGAGAUUCUUUCCUGAAUUUUUUUUACUGUUCCUUCCAAGGAACACUCCCGAUCCCUGCCUGCGGGUUAGGACACCAUAUAUGCAGCUAGGAAUAGUUGACCUUUCAAGAUAACAAAGUGUGGAGCUGGAUGAACACAAACAGGCCAAG